AAGGGAUUAUAACGCUGGGGCUCGAAGAACUCGGUUUCCCAGAGUGCCCGAAGAGAGCGGCACGGAUGGCGGACAAGGAUGACACCGGAGUUUGACGACGAAGUGGUGUUUGAGAAUUCACCACUUUAUCAAUAUCUACAAGACUUGGGACACACUGACUUUGAAAUAUGUUCACCAUUGUUGCAAAAGCCAGAAGAAUGCUCAUCCAAAGAAGAGCAAAAAGAACCAGGUGCGAGUUCUAUUCCCAAGCAAGACAUCCUAUCAAAACUAGCUGAGAGAUUGAAAAGUUGGCUUACUUUUCUACGAUAUAAGAAAAAAGAUGAUAUACUCCACCAAAUGGAUGUUGGUUUUCGAUUGGAGGUUCUCUGCACCAUCCUGCAACAGGAAGUUUUGCUGCAGGAGGAUGUUGAACUGAUUGAGCUACUUGACCCCAGUAUCCUGUCUGCAGGACAGCCCAAGCAAGAGGAACAUGGACGUCUUCCAACACUACACUCCCUAGCAACUCCCAAUAUUUGGGAUAUCUCACUAUUGUUUGCCUUCAUCAGCACACUGAUUAUGCUUCCUUCUUGGUGGAAUGGAUCCCUGGGACUGGUGUGGGGAAUAAGCAUGUUUGUUUACAUAUUUGUACGAAUUUUGGACACUUUGAGGACAGCCAAGCUGCAAAUGUCUCUGAGAAAAUGCCAACUUCAGCUAGAAGAUACAGUGAUUAAUUGUCGAGCUUUCACUAACCUUGUGAGGAAAGCUUUACGACUCAUUCAAGAAACAGAAGUUAUUUCCCGAGGAUUCACUCUGGUCAGUGACUGCUUUUUCCAGUGCCUCAAUCCUAUAUGUGGGCUCGACUUUAUACACAUUACUUCUGGAAUGGUAAUCAGCACUUUUGUCUCUGCCCCCAUCAUGUAUGUUUCUGCUUGGCUCUUAACUAUUCCAUCUAUGGAUCCAAAGAAACUGGCAUCAGCAAUCCAAAAUGUUAGCUUUGAUAUUAGUAUUGUCAGUCUUGUUUCUUUGUGUGUCACCUGCAUUGGAAUGGUGAUAUGGAACUUCACUAUUGAAGAACAAAGUAUCACUAUGCAAAUACUUGUAUUCAUUUUCCUGUACAGUGCACUUUAUAGUGCUUUUCUGUGGACAGGCCUCUUAUCCCUGUCUUUGCUGCUUUUGAAAAAAAAAGAAGCCAUAAAGCUCCCUGUUGGAAUCAUCAUUAUAAUUGGCUGGGGAAUCCCGGCAAUUCUCGUUGGAAUCAUGUUAGUGUCUGGUGAACGAAAUAAAGAUGUCAUUGAUUCUGCAUUUUUUUAUGGGAAACUUCAGACCUACCCACUGAAUUCUGAGAGUGACAAUGUGACAAACUACAUCUGUGUGGUGCCUUUUAAGGAACUUGGCCUGGGCCUGAGUGAAGAGCAGGUAUCUGAAGAAGAUGCACACAAUUUUACAGAUGGUUUCAGCCUGCCUGCACUGAAGGUUUUAUUCCAACUCUGGGUAGGGCAAAGCUCCGAAUUCUUCCGGCGGUUGGUUCUUCUGCUGUCUCCUUCAAAUGCUUCCCCUGAGAUUACUCCAGAAAGUUUGCCUCUUCGUAUAUUUUCUGACGUGACUCAAGGUCUGCCUCAUGCUCACGCUGCCUGCUUGGAAGAACUUAAACGAAGUUACGAGUUUUAUCGAUAUUUUGAAACUCAUCACCAGUCUGGUUCUGAUCGUUUGAUCAAAAACAACCGAAAGUCACGAGAGCUUAAUCAUCUUCAUACUGCAGUGCGUAGCUUGCAGCUCCAUCUAAAGGCCUUACUGAAUGAAGUAAUAAUUCUGGAAGAUGAACUCGAAAAGUUUGUUAGUUCUAAGGAAAGCCAAGAACACACUUUGAAGGCCUACCAAGUUGUAGAACAAAAACUAAAGUUGAUUCAGCCUCACAUGCAAGCCAGCAACAGUUGCUGGGAAGAAGCCAUUUCUCAGGUGGACAAAAUGGUUCGACGAAAUCCUGAUAAAAAAGACAAGCCUGAAAUGCCAGUUGGGAACAAACAUUGCACUGUGAUACCAUUACUAAAGCCUGCUGUACAUAUAGCGGACAGAGAUCCAAUUCCUGAAGAGCAGGAACUUGAAGCAUAUGUUGAUGAUACAGAUAUAGACAGCGAGUAUAAGAGAGAUGACUUUUAUUACUUUUCCCUGGAAGACAGAGAGAGACAAAAAUGUGAAAGAGAGGAAUCCAAGAGAGUCCUGCAGGAACUAAAAUCUGUGUUGGGAUUUAAAGCUUCAGAGGCAGAAAGGCAGAAAUGGAAGCAACUCCUAUUUAGUGACCAUGCUGCAGUGAAACCCUUGUUUACUGUCGAGCCAGAAGAACCUAUAAAUAUUUCGAUAUUGCCUACGAAUUCAGACUCUGGCAAGCAGGUCGACAGCAGAAAAGAGGGUAACCUAGAAGAGACCGUCUCUGAUACAAAAUCACAUGCCACUGAUGAGGAUGGCAGGACAGAAUACUUAUCUGAUGGGCCUGGAGUGAGGCAAGACGACAUUGCUGCUAGUGGUGACUCACCAGUGUUUGAGAAAAGAGCUUGUUACCAGUGCAACGGGGAGGGAGAAGAAUCCAAGCCAUCUGAGAUGGAUGGAGUGGAUGUGCUGCAGCCACCUGAGAGUGAUCUGCUGAAGUCCUCCAUCAAGCAAAGGCUGGCACUGCUCCAUAUAUCCACUGAUUUCGGUUUCACAUCAGGCCUAGCAGCACAGGCUGCUGCUCGGUCACUCACAUUUACAGCCAUGCAAGAACAAACGUUUGGAGAUGAGGAGGAGGAAAUACAGGAGAGCGAAGUCUUGUUUGUAGAACAAAGCAGAGAUGAAGUAAAGGACUGUGAAAAUGAAAGUUUAUAGGUCAUACCUGAACAUUGCCUGUUUGAAUAUUACAGAGGGCUAGCAGAAUAACUGAAUCAGCACACACCAAGAGAUUCAGAGUGUGAAAAUACUGAACGGCAUUAAUGAGAUACUACUUGUGCUUUUUAAAAUUGUGAUAAUAAUUUGGUAAUAUAUACACAUGCAAGUAUAAACCAAGUGCAAGGUAUGUAAUUUGGUUCUUACAGGUGUCAUGGAUGACUAUGUUGAAUUCCUUUUAAUAUUUUGUCUUUAUUUAUUUAUAUAACAAGGCUUUUCUUCCUAACAGGAAGAUCAAAUUGUCACUUCCUGAAUACUGACUUUAAUAGGAACCAUAACUGUAAAACUACUUGAAAUUGUUCUUUUACAAGAAUAUAAAUGAUAUCAUGUGUGUCUCUCUAUCACUUUAA